GCGGGUCGUCGUAUAUAAGCGGGACACGAAUGCUUCUGGCGCUUCUAGUGAGUAGUCUCGAACGUGAAAGUUGUUUGUUUACCAUAUUUUCACUCGUCGAGGACGUGUCACCCAACGGUUGCGGCAGCCAGCGCUACUUGAUAACGGCUCGCAAUGAAAGAGCAGCUCGCCAUACUGUGCCUGCUUAUCGGAUCGACUUGUGCCGGCCUGGCGCGGGUGACACCGCCAGCCGAAAUUGGCACCAGCACGCAGUUCCGGAACGAGGACGGCUGGGGCAACUACAACUUCGGCUACGACGAAGACCACACGUCGGGCGGCUCGUUCCGGCGUGAGACCGGCAACGCGCUGGGCGCCAAGGUGGGCUCGUACGGCCUGCGCGACGCCGACGGUCGCGUGCGCGUCGUCAGCUACGUGGCCGACGAGCUGGGCUUCCGGGCGUCGAUCUCGACCAACGAGCCCGGAACCAUGCCGUCGACGCCUGCCGAUGUAACCAUAGGCGCUACUCAACAAGGCCCAGCUGCGCCAGCGGUGCCGGUGGCCGCACCGGCUCCAGUUGCCUACGGUCCUCCGGCCCGCGUCCAUUUCAACGGAGCGCCCGCUGGUCGCCCGGCCUACGCUUCACCGGCGCCAGUGGCUCCACUCUCCUACGGUGCGCCGUCGCCCUUCGCCUUCAAGUCGGCCCCCGUGGCUCCAGCGUCGUACGCUGCCCCGUCACCAUUCCCGGCCAAAGCCUCGCCCGCUGGGCCGGCGUCCUAUGGCGGUCUCGCACCAGCCCCCUUCAGGUCAUCGCCUUCUGGACCAGCGUCGUACGGUGGUCCGGCGCCAGCACCUUUCAGUUCAUCGCCCGCCGGACCAGCGGCCAACGGUGGUCUGGCACCUGCGCCCUUCAGGGCAUCGCCCGUAGCUCCCGCGGCUUACUGGCCUCCGGCUGCCCGGACUUACAAGGUGGUACCGUUUGCUCCCGCUGGUUAUGGCCCUGCCGCGCCUGCAGCGUCACAUUUCGGUGGUCCGGUGAUGCCGUUCACCUGUGCCGAAGUUGCAAUGCCGGUUGGCCACCACUACGUCUACAGACAGGACAACUUCGUGACCGUCCCCGCUGCGGGGAGACCGCACUCAGCGCCACCAGCGCCGCACGCCUACCCUGGGCCGUACUCCGCUCCGCAUGCGGGACCUGUGGCUCACGUGACGACGUCGCACGCGUAUGGCCACAAGAUUAAGCACGCGCUAGGCGGAGGUUACCACAGUUACAUGACCUUCUAGGUGAAACAAAUUAUGCGGUUGAUCGCCCAAAGGCAAAACGUUGAUUCAAGCGAACAAAAAGACCUUGCGGUUUUUACGGGACCAGGGAGGGCACCUCGAAAGAGUGAAAGUCAUUACUGUUCUAGAAACUGUGUCAGAAGCAUUACAAGUCUCGUGCCGUAUGACUAUUAUUGCCUUUCUUUAGACUGUUAUUUCGUGACCGCGUUGGAGCGAAGUGACGACGUAGCCAUUGCCCAAUUUUAGUGGCCAAAUACUCAGCGAUACCGGGUGUUUUACGUGGAGAAAUGCGAAAAAGAAAACUAACAGCUAAGAGACAACGUAAGAAAACUUUCAUUCGCUUGAUGUACAAGUGUAUUAAAGAUUCUGAUGUGAAAUUAUACAUGUGCAUUGGUUGCUUUUAAAGCGAAAGCCUUUAAGUGGCUGGUUGCAACAGCUCAUACCCGAAGGGAGUGGCGUGUAGUCGAGUGGUUCAAAAAUGUUCAUCAAGUCGAGUGGUUCAAAAAAAGUUGACGAGUGGUACAAAAAUAUCAUAAUCAGCAAUGACUCAUUAAAAAAAAAGACAGUCUGGAAGGGUUCAUAGCCUUGUAAGCAAGCAAAUAUGCAAUGACUGAAUAUGAAUGAAAACAAAAAAAGAAAGAACGGGGGAAAGAAAGGAAACAUCAACAUCAGGAAUGGCCCAUACCCCCACAAGCAAGCACAGAUGCAAUGGCUGAAUAUGAAAGAAGGAACGAAAUAGAAGAAAGAAUGGAAGAAGUAACCAAACAAAGAGUGAAAGAAAGUAAGGAAAGAGACAAAGGAAGCAACAACGAAAGAAAGAACGAAAUAACCUUAAGGUAGUGCAUUAGGUGCUUGCAUGUGUCGCAGAGGAAAUCCACCUACAGCGCAGUGUAUUUACUUCACACUGCAGCUCGUUAUGUCUUGAAAGAAGUCUGAACUUACGAUCAGAUAACUUAAUCAAUUACCACGUGCGCAGCAGGACCUCCCAGCCUGCAUCGGAGGUGGCGGCACUCGCCCCCUGACCUGCGCGUAGGGGGGGGGGGGGGGUGGACCACCUUAUCGGUUGGAAAUUAAAUUUUAUGCUGUCUCGCCUUACGUGUUGCAGGUGUAACAUGCUGCUGAUUUUCUUUUUUUUCAUUUGUUUCCCUUUUUUUUUGAGGAGUGGCUCGCACAAGAGAAAACGAUGUUCCAACAUUACCAAAAAAAAGCCCACCGCAAUACAUUUCUACCCAUCCCACCAAUAACGGAAGGCAGUGACGGAAAGCCUGCACAAUAAAUCGGAAGGAAUAUGUCGCAGCCAAUUUGGUGUUGCGCGUUCAUUUUCAACUAUAUAACAGCGUAAUUCAACCGAACCUACAAGACAUAAUAAAGGUUGCUUCCUUCAUUUUUUUUCUUGCAGUCUUUCCUUUUUUCUAUUUAAUAAAAUUAUGACAGCCUUACAAGACUUCUUGAGUGUGUAGUACUGGUGGUAGCAUGGAACCAUAGCAAAUCAUGAGAGUAUUUUGCAAAAAAUUGCUCAGUUUAUUUGCUUCGAAAAAUUGAGUCAUGCACACGCAUCAAAGACAAAGGACCCACAAUUGACUUGCGCGGUCCACUGCCAAUGAAAAAAAGAACUGAAUGUACUGCGCGACGUGAAUUAACAAUAAAACACCCUAAACAAAGAAGCGCCUGCGUUGGGUUGUUGGAGAACCCAAAUCGUCUUCGGUGAACUUCACCCACUAUGUGUGAUAAAACGGAGUAUUCUUAUUAUUGCA